UGAGUCGUUGCUUGGCGCCUUUUCGUUGCGCUACGUGGCACAAUCGCAUGGAAUAUACACGAUAACGCAGUCAUACUGUGAGAACGUGAUCGUUAUCUCUACUGUUGUCAUCAGAAUUAUUUGAUCUACGAAUGGCGCUGUCCUUUAUGAUCAAGGAAGGAAUCUAACGCGUUGACAGUGUGUUUGGUUAAACAAUAACGGAAAACCAUUUGAUUGUAAAGACGGGGAGAGAGAAUUACGGGUAAGGUCAGGUUUCAGCAGCAGCGACUAUGCGCGUGAUCGAUCGCGCGCGUCUCCACGAUCGGCUGGAAAUGUGAUACCGGAAGUAGGCCAAGCAGGAUUGACCUGCGUGGGCGUACAGGCAUACAGAGUGCGUGCGUGCGUGCGUGUAAGUACGUGUAAGCUGUGUAGGUGUGCCGCGUGGGGCCAGGGGCUAGCAGUCAUAGAGAUGCGCGUCGCCGCGACAGCCUUCCCGUUGUCGAUGUAUUCAUCAUCGAGGACCACCCUUUGGUACAAUGCUACUAUUGUGCGAUUGCCUUGCGUCUUUCUGGUCUCCUGCUGGAUUAUUCUUGCUCAGCUGGCCUUCGGUCUACCAGAUCCGGAGUUGACGACAAUGGAAGAUUUAUCUGGCAGAGGUUCAAAAAAAUUUGGCGAUGUUUGUGAAAUGGAUAACGAAUGCGGUUUUGCAGGUUCUUACUGUGAAUUGACAAGAAAAGUUUGUACUUGUAGAGAAGAAUUUGAAGCCACUAAUCACCUCGACAAAUGCGGACACGCGGUAAACGUGAAUGAGUCCUGUUUCUUUCAUGAGCAAUGCGAAGUACGAGUAAGCCAAACGGAAUGCCGCGAUGGUCGAUGCACCUGCCUUUUUGAGAAAAUUCCGAUGGUACAACCUAACGGUAUAACCUGCGUCGCCGAAAUCCAAGAGCCACCCAACCUCCAAUACAUUGAUCCGACGAUGAUCGGCGUUCUCGUUGGCAUGGCACUGAUGUUUAUUAUCAUUUGCGUCGUUCUUAGACUCUUCAGCAGAGCUCGUUGGCGAGAAAAUCGUACCAUCUUCAAUACACCUAAUGCACGAUUGAUGAAUGUAUCGCUGUUGAGAGAAAAUAAAUUAUUACACGCUCAGGAGAGACGUGGUUCACGGGCGAGUGUACGAAUCCCAUCAAGACAACCAUCGAUGGCGUCUUUAAGAGCUCACUCGCCGAACGCUUCACAAGGGUCACACGGAGGAUCUCGACGUGGUAGUCGUACCAGCAGUGGGAACGCUUCGGCCGUUUCGAUAAAAUCUAACAAAUCACCGAAUCAUACAAACAACAUCACUGACCCUGUUCUGGAAAACGUCACCAUCGAAAUCCUCGACGUAAAACAUAAAUAAAUCGUCUUUCCGCCACAACAAAUGGUUCGAUUGGCAAUCUCGUUUAUCACUAGUCUUGCAUAGCCAACACACAGCGCUAUAUGAAAGUCGCUAUCUCUAUAUAUUUUCAAUCUAUGAAUAAUUUACUCUAUCUCACUUCUAUCUCAGUCUCUUUUUUGUUAAAUAAUUGAACAUAAGUUUUAUUUAUUAUUUCACUAGUUCAAAUAUCAAGAAAUACUUUGUUUAAAUCAAUUGUAAAACUGAUGAUUCGAA